AUGUUUACUAUGCACGACGACGAAUUAAUGUCUCUCGAGGAGCUUGAGAGGUUGAUGGAUGAGCAAGAAACUAAAAAUGCCAUGGCAACAUCAGCUUCAACUUCAACAACCAUUGCUCCCAGUACUGUUGCCACCAUCGCUACGGCUACCGCAUCUAAGGAUAUCUCGGAAGCUAGCAACGAAAAAUCCUCCGGUGCCAUCUUAUUUAAAGAGCCACAUAAAGAUCAACAAACACCAUCUCUCCCAACAACCACUUCCGACGCAAAUAUGUCGAAGAAAUCUGGUACUCGAGCUAGAAAGCGCGAAGCCAAAUCGCCUCAGAAACUAUCAAAAAUCCCUGUUCAUAUCACAGAGGACCGAGAAGCUCACCAAAGCUACUCCAUGGAGAGAGAUCCAUGGACUGAUCAGCGAGAUAAAGAACACAACGCCGCCUACUUUGACGAUGCCACUCUUGCUAAGCAAGCCGUGACUCUCUCCUUCGACGAGUCUGAAGGCUCCGGCGCCAUCUCUCCUCCGGCUACGGGCACGGCAAAUGCUUUAAAUCCCCUUCCUACCAAGCCGGUCGCACCAAAUUUAAGUUCUGAGCAACCAAAAGCCAAGCCUUUCGUUCUUGCUACACCAAAUCAACUAGGCAAGUCUGACUCGGCCGCUACCCGAGUUCCAGGAGGCCCUCGUGAGGUCAUCACGAUUAGCUUUCCAACUACCGAGGCUUUUUCCUCUGGAUUGAAGGAUUUAAAUGCGGCUAAGGAGGCUGGCGCUGGUGGUAUGGUAAUCUCAAUCAAUGGACCAAUUGGGGAGAAUCAGGUAGAGGUUUCUGGGCCAAUUGGGUCUAAUAUUCGUGGGUUUGUUAGGAGAACUUGCCCUAGGCUAGGCGAAAAGCAGAUAAUGGCUGCAUUUAAGUGA